AUGGCCCCGCUACUGGAAUACCGCAGCAUCCAGGUGUCCGUGCCGGUUGGCGGACAGGUGAUGAGUGUUAUUCUUUCCAUGAUAUCACUCAGUGUCCUUUCAAUAUUCCUCACAAAAAGAGUGCUCACCGUCAAAUAUUGGCGGAAGCUUCCGUUCGUCGUAUGGGCUUGUAAGAGACAAAAAUAUCGCUCAUGUUGCGUCAUUGGUGCUAACCAGGCACAGCUCAUCUACUUGUUUCUUGUUGAGAAAGCUUACAUCAUUCGGAACUCGCCAAAGCGGCGGAUGCAAUCGAAGUUGUACCUGUUCAACUCCUUUGGCAUCAUUACCGUGUUCAUCGUGGUAAUAGUACUUAACUUUUACUACCGGAUUGUCAGAAUGGAAGAAGGCAUUUGCUACAUCGGAAUGAAGGGCCUCGGCAUUAUCCCGCUUAUCACCUUUGAUGGGCUUGCCAACACAUACCUGACUUUGAUGUUCCUCGUCCCUCUCAGGAAGCUUUACUCGUUCAAGAAUAUGGCGAGAACGUCUGCGAAUAUCCGCCUGCGGAACGUCGCUUUCCGCACAUUCGUGGGGUCACUUUGCACCCUGCUGAGUAGCGCAGUAAACCUUACUGUUUUGGCGGCGCUAAACGGGGAACCGGGUUGGGUUUGCCUGAUGUGCUGCAACUGUGACGUGCUCUUCUCCGCAAUCGUUAUCUACUGGGUGACGUCCAAGGACAAUGCUGGAACUACGGAGACCAACACAUCCCGCAAUGUAGGCAACGGCUAUGCGGAUAACAGCAUGGGCAGCGCGAUUCGCAGACCAAACACACAUGCCGAGCGCGAAUAUGCACCCUCAAUUAGCGAUGAAGUCGUACUUAUGACUUCCGCCAGAUCAAAUCGAGGACUAAGCAAUCACGGCGAGGAUGAUGACAGCAGCUCCAAGACGAGCAAUACCAAGGAGAAGGUUAUCGUCGCCACCACAAUCAAACCAGACAGUAGCAGCACCGACGCAAGCAUUGACGCAAACCGAAGGCCAGGAGAUGAAGAAGAUCUAUACCGUCAAACUCCCUAG